AUGGAUGUUCUGACAGUGGAGCCAGAAUCAGGCCACUUGAAUUCACUUUCAGACUGUGAUGAUGGAGGGGACACAGGACAAAAGGACGUCCUUCCUCCUCAGAGAGAUCUGUUGUCAACGGACCAUAGGUUGGAAAAUGGGUCAAGUUCAGCCGAGGAGAUCACGACACACGCUGAUGACAGCUCUUAUUACGUCACAUGGACAGUUUACAUUGCACUAGCUUUUCCAGGGGGACAAGAUGCCAAUGUUCGCAAAGCUCCAGAAAAGGCAAAGAAAAUAACCAAAGAUUCGUCUACUGCUGUGGUUCGAGCCCAUAAACAACAGGGCUGUUAUCAUGUUGAAUAUAAGCUACUGCCUGGUGACACAGAGACAGUGAAAUUGGACCUUUUAUUAUUUGGACCGGUGGCAAAGCUGUACAAAGAGGAUGAGUUCAAGAUUCUGAGGACAUGGUAUGAAGAAGAUCUGACAUGGGUUGGAUGGACCGACAGUUUCAGGGUGAGAGUCGACAGGAACGUGGUGAUCAGUCUACUUUCGCAUAAGAUCAGACUACAGAUCUGGAACAGCAAAGACAAGCUGUUCAGUCAGGCCCAAAUAGAACGACUGAAAACCCUCCGACUGUCUCAGGAUCAGAUUGAAGAUACAGACGUGUGUGGUGGUGUCAAGACCAUGAUAAACACACUGAGAACUAUGUAUGGGAAGAAAUCAAACACAAAAAAAGACAAAAGUGAACAUUCAAACUUGAAAGAAAGCUCAAAAACAGACAGUAAAUUGCCCCCGCAUUCAGAAACUCAGAAACAGACAAGUGAUGCUUUUGACUUUGCUGAAAUCAAAAAAACCGGUGUGGCUUCGGUUGAAAUCAGUCCCGUUAGUUUGGUAGCAGGUGACAUCUCGUUGAUCAACUCCGCCUCCGUCUGUUCAUGUGGUGUAAUUGAGACCAUGUACCACAUCUCUCUAGACACACCUUUACUAUCUGACCAACUGAAGGCUGAACUCAAUCCACUGGUCAUCAGCAUUUUAUCAGCCACCUCCAUGCCAUCAUCCCCAGUCCCUUUCCAUGUCCUAGAGGAGAACUGCACGCCUGUAUAUUGCCAAUAUAAGUUCCAGAACCUCGAUGUGCACAGAACUAACUAUCAAAAGCACGGCACCAAAAUCUACUUCAGAGAUGUCAACGUGAUCCUCACUGGCUUGCUCAACCCCAGAGACCUCCAGGAGUUCCUCUCUGGUCCGCCACUAGAGGUAGAGAUCCACGACCGUGACAGGAAGUUGGAAGAAACGCCAAAAACUCCAGCAAGCUUCAGCAGCAGAUUAGAUGAAACGGCACCUACUAAACAGAGGACGACGGUUUUUAACCAUCAUGGUAUCGCAAGUCUUAACCUCUCCGAGCUGCUACAUGGGAAGACUAGUCUAAAGGUGCGCAUACCGAUCAAAUGCUGCCAUCCACCUCCUCUAACGGAUGGGAGGAUGACGGAUGGAGAAGCUAGCAGCGAGCCAAUACCUCAGGGCCACUACUUGGAUGCCAAUUCUGUGCUCAAAGUUAAGAUUGAGACAGCUUGCCCUCUUAAUGUCAAAAAUGACGGCUGCGAAUCGGAGUCGUACGAGCCUCCCUUUGGACGCAUCAUCUACCUCUUCAAUUACAAUAACAUCUCCGUGACAACCAAGCUGAGGUCUGAGAUCCUUACAAUCAAUGCGGAAGCCUUCCAAUUGGGCUCACGCUCCUUGGAAAAUAUUGAGAGAGCCCUAUCGAAUUACACUUUGAAUUUCAAGUGCAACGAGAGCCAGGAUCUGGAUUUUGUUACGGGAUUCCAUGUGCUAGAUAAGAGGACACAAAUCUUUGUUCUUGAAGGGUUGAAACAUAAAGCAGUGAGGAGACUUUGGGAGGCUAUCCCUAUGAAGCUAAGUGGGAGUGAGGAGGAGCAGGUGAUAGUCUUCUACAAUUCUAGCCUGGCUUUCUUCAGACGCAUCUAUGACUCAUUAGACAUGGGCCUGACUCCUAUCCUUCUGUCCGAGCCACUAGAGACCAUCAUGAGGGAGCCACUGGUCUAUGUUAGAGGCACCGUCCCCGACUCCUGCUUCCAAGCUUUAUCACGGCUGAGCCAGCUCUGUGGAGUACGGAACCUCAGAAAUGUGGUGCAGUACAACCUCUUCCCGUCAGCUGACAUGAUCCUCAGCUUAAGCAAAGAAUACGGCACCUGCGCCGAUCAGAGGCGACAAAGACCGCAAGCAAACCCUCAACAUGCUCCUCCACCUGUCCACAGGAAAAGACAUAAACACCUGGACGCAAAUAACAUAGAAUACAUCAAAUGGAAACUCCGAAACCAACACAUGACGCUGGAACAGCCCAGGGAUUUUGUCCAGGACAACAUAAUAAGGGUGCACGAGUUAAGUGAGCAGCUGCAGAAACCAGAGGUCACUGUGUUAAGGAUGGAAGAGGCAGCAGAGCGACCAGUACACAACUACAGCAUCCAGACCUUCAACUCAAACCGACUCAACAAAGAGCAACUUCAGAGAGAGAUGGCAAAGAUGCCGGGGCGGCGGUUCACCUACAGUCAGCUCUACCACAGUGCAACAGCCGAGCCAGGAGACGCGACCCCUAAACCUGAUCCCAGGUCCACCGCUCCCACCAGGAUCUGGUUCUCAACCAUGAGAAGUGACGAGUCCAAACUGCACUGUAACCACCCAGACGAAGCCCGUGUGGAAGAGUUAAGGAAGCCGUGGAGAGAGAACAUCCUACACGCCAACAUCUUAAAUCCCACUCUUACCCGGGACAGAUGGGCCUGGGACCAGCGCUCCCAGGACUUUGAGCUCUACAGCAAAGCCCCUCCUUUCUUCAGCACACCUCCUGUCACCAUCCACCAGGCUGGGAACUCUCUGCAUCAGGAGCAGACGGAGGCAGCCAGUGCUCAGUACAAGCGCUGGCUGAACAAACUCCUACCUAGCAACAGCAACAACGACCUGGUCGGCAACGGGCUGGUCCCCGAGUUCAAGUGUCACAUGGGUGGAACAGAGAAGUUUCAGAGUAUUCUGAAAGAUAAGCCCAUGAAGUAUUCACUGAGGAAACCUGGCCUGCUGCUGAGGCCUAUACCUCAGCUGUCUGUGAUAAACUCUGGGGACGACAGAGCAGAGGUAAAGGAGGCUGUGGCUCUGGCUCCAGGCCCCUGUUUGGACUGCAGCCUGAGCAGCAAAAAUAUCAUCCCCAGACACAGCUGUCGGUAAAACGAACACCGCUACAUACUGGAACCUUUGAGGUAAACGACAAUUCAUACCUCCAGGCUGGGAUGCACAACUCCAUCCUUC